GUUUCGCAGGCCACGUCAGAAAGCUCAAGAAGAAUGAGUCAGUAGUGGAGAAAUAGACCAAUGAAAUUUGUACACAUAGGAUCGGGUACGGAAGGAAGAUAUAGAUGAGAUGAGGCGCGCCAAAACCUUCCCCACUCUCUUCCUCUGCUCUGCUCCCUCACAAAUCGGUUCCCACUGAAGCCGAAAUCUGCAGCUCGGCACAGGCAGAGCCCAAAAUUGCAGAGGCUAUGGCUUUCCCUUCCAUUAUCCCGACCUCUGGCGUCCACAGGUUUUCGCUCUUCUCUUCCCCUUCUUCAGCUCGCACGACGCUGCACUUGCUCUCAUCCUCCAAUUUCCCAUUUCGCUUCAAUCCAAUUCCGCACCUCCACUGCCCUCCAGCCGCCGGCAAGCGUUCUGCCGAUUACAGGGUUCACUGCAGCCCUGCUGCAAAACCCACUUCUCAGGGAGACAAUUGCAAAGAUUAUAACCCUCCAGCAGUUAUGCAGGAUAUGGACAAGGGGCUUCCUUUCUGCGUUGAAGCAGGCAUGCCGAGUUCCCAACUUAGAAACAAGAAUUUAGAGGGUCUAAUAGCUAUGGUUCUUAUGUUUGCUCAAUUGUCUUCCCCUCUGCCUUUCUUUGGCUGGGAGCCAUUCCCCACUCCACCGGCAAAUGCGGUGCUUUAUUCUCCUGACACUAAGGUUCCAAGAACAGGAGAACUUGCUUUAAGGAAGGCGAUUCCAGCCAAUGCAAACAUGAAGGCCAUACAGAAUUCACUGGAGGAUCUCUCAUACUUGCUAAGGAUACCACAGCGGAAGCCAUAUGGAACCAUGGAAGGCAAUGUGAAAAAAGCCCUCAAGAUUGCAACAGAGGAAAAGAACUCCAUUUUGGCAAGUUUACCUGAAGAGUUCAGGGACAAGGGUUCCUCAUUAUAUGCAUCUCUAAUUGAUGGGAAGGGUGGUUUGCAAGCUCUCAUAAAAAACAUUAAGGACCAGGACCCAGACAAAGUUUCUGUUAGCCUUGCAUCUUCACUUGAUACCAUUGCUGAAAUUGAGUUGCUACAGGUAUGUAAUACUUCCUCUCCUGUUUCUUCCGCUCCAGGACUUUCUUUUUUGUUGCCAGAGCAAUACAAGGAUUAUCCAAGGCUAAAUGGCAGAGGAACAGUUGAAUUUACCAUUGAGAAAGGAGAUGGUUCAGCAUUUUCCCCUGAAGCGGGUGGUGAAUCAAGAAAGACUGUCAAAAUUCAGGUGUGAUAAGUAAUCUGUAAUGAUGAGAAAGCAAAUUCCCUGUCAUUUUACAUGCAUUUCUACUUUGAGUCUUCUACAUGCUUUAAGUACUGAAUUUCGGAUGCUGGAUGUCUGGAUAAGGAUAUUGACAUUUGCUUGAAUUAGUCAGUUCCAAUGCUGAAGUGUGUCCUCCAUCCAUAAUUGUCUAGUUUUUUCCUGGAUACCUUAUUGCUCUCCUAUCUAUUUCCAACUAUAAUGAACUGUCUAUGGAUAUUCAGCACCACUGACUGCAGGGAAUUUCGCAAAACUGGUAAGGUAGUUGAACCUCACUUAACCUUUAUGCAAUUUCCAUUCCAUUUCAUUUUUUGAUUCAUUUGGUAGGACUUUUGAAUCAACAACUGAGUCGGUCCUUCUAAUUUUCUCAUUCCGUUGUUCUUUUCCCUUUCAUGGACGAUAUGUAAACAUUGAUCUUCUUAGGUAGUGGAUGGGGCAUACGACGGAGCAAAGCUCAACACUAUUAACCAAGCUGUCAUAACUGAUGAUGGACUCGAUAAGAAUGCCGGUUACAGUGUGCCAUUAGAAAUAAUGCCCUCAGAACAAUUCGAGCCAUUGUACCGUACAAAAUUAAGUAUCCAGGACGGUGAAUUGCCAGUUCUUCCCAUGUCAGUGUAUGGAGCAGUUGCAAUGGCACAUAGUGAUGUAUCCGAAGAAUACUCAGCUCCAUAUCAGUUCUUCUUCUACCUCUACGACAAGAGAAAUUCUGGCUUAGGAGGGUUGUCUUUCGACGAAGGGCAGUUCUCAGUUUUCGGGUAAUUUCUGAGGAUCUGUUGAUGUUUUGUUGUGUGAGCUUCUGCACUGUCAGGUUUUCUGUGCUCAACUAUAACAUUGCUUUGCAGAUAUGCAACUAGUGGGAGGGACAUUCUUUCGCAGAUAAAAACCGGCGAUGUGAUUCGAUCGGCAAAGAUGGUGGAUGGUCAAGAUCGCCUUAUAUUACCAACCCAGAGCUGAAACUAACUUGAAGAACCCAGCUGUUGCUUCUUUUUGGAGCAGAAACCACGACCAGCUUGUUUCUCUUGCAACAGGGUACGAUGAAAUCAUAUUUGCCAAUGACCACUUUACUCAAACUCAUUGGUUAUUCCCCAGACACACAAUGUAGAUCAUUCUUUUUUAUCUUGUAACAAAUUCCAACACCAGAGUAGUCACCAGUUUCUAUCCUCUCUAAAUUUGUUGAUUAUUCCACCACUGUGUGGGGAAAAUGAGAAAUCGUUCUUCUGAAUUUGUCAAAGAGUUCCACUCCGUUUACAGAAAUCCCUUCACCUGAAGAUAGGUUGUGAGUUUGACAUCCGUGUAGAACUCUUGGUCUACAGCGUUCUGUUUGAUUCUGGCCUUGCUCAAAUUUGCAC